UCUAACAGUUAUAUCCCUUAUGCUGUAGGUGCUAUAAUGGCAGCCACAAUCUCCUUCAUCAUCUGGGUGUUAUUCAUAACAGAUACUGUGUGGACUCGAAGCGUGAGACAGGUCUCUGAGGUACAUGAUCCAGAGGAUUGGACUGUUCAUCAUGACUUCGAUUGUCCCAGGGAGUGUUUCUGUCCCCCCAGUUUCCCUACUGCUUUAUACUGUGAAAAUCGAGGUCUCAAAGAAAUUCCUGCUAUUCCUUCAAGGAUCUGGUAUCUUUAUCUUGAAAACAACCUGAUAGAAACCAUUCCUGAGAAGCCAUUCGAGAAUGCCACCCAGCUGAGAUGGAUAAAUCUAAACAAAAAUAAAAUAACCAACUAUGGAAUUGAAAAGGGAGCCCUAAGCCAGCUAAAGAAGCUGCUUUUCUUAUUUCUGGAAGAUAACGAGCUAGAGGAAGUACCGUCUCCAUUGCCAAGAAGCUUAGAACAAUUACAGUUAGCUAGAAAUAAGGUGUCCAGAAUUCCUCAAGGGACCUUCAGCAAUCUGGAGAACCUGACCCUUCUUGAUCUACAGCACAAUAAACUAGUAGACAAUGCCUUUCAAAGAGACACCUUUAAGGGCCUCAAGAACCUCAUGCAGCUAAACAUGGCCAAGAAUGCCCUGAGGAAUAUGCCUCCAAGAUUACCAGCCAAUACAAUGCAACUGUUUUUAGACAACAAUUCCAUUGAAGGAAUACCAGAAAAUUAUUUUAAUGUGAUUCCCAAAGUGGCCUUUCUGAGACUAAACCACAAUAAAUUAUCUGAUGCAGGUCUCCCAUCAAGUGGCUUUGAUGUAUCGUCAAUUCUAGAUCUUCAACUGUCUUACAAUCAACUCACAAAGGUUCCCCGAAUCAGUGCUCAUCUGCAGCACCUUCACCUUGAUCAUAACAAAAUUCAAAGUGUUAACGUCUCUGUAAUAUGUCCCACCUCUUCCGCACUGCCUGCAGAACAUGAUUCCUUCGGCUAUGGACCUCACCUUCGCUACCUCCGUCUGGAUGGGAAUGACAUCAAACCACCAAUCCCAAUGGAUUUAAUGACCUGCUUCAGGCUCCUUCAGGCUGUCAUUAUUUAAACACAUUCUCAACAAAUCUAAAAUUGGUCUAAUAAGCUGUUGUUUCUGACAUGAAAUUCGGUUACAAUUCAUAAGCUUAGGACAAAAGUCCAUUUCCAAUUGCCCUUGGCCACCAUUUUCAUUUGUGCAGCUUAUUUUUUUCAAUUCAAAGAUGCUUUCACCAAAAACAGUACAGCCUGUAUUAAUUUUUCGUUUAAUUAAUAUUAUAAAACAGACACAGAGUUAAGAUAGUUUAACUCAAAGAUAGUUCUUUUUUGUCUUUUACACAGCUUAUUAAUACCAAAUAAUGCAAUUAUACUGUUAUGCAAUAAAAAAGACAUGUUUGUUUAUUAUGUUAAAAAUUACUUAUGCAGAUACUAUAUUUACAGAAUAAAUAUAGUAAUCAAACAGGAGGUAGGAAGAGCUAAAGAAAAUUUUAAAAUGAGAUAUUUCUUUAUCAUAAUCAUAAUGAAAUAAAUGCAGAUUUCCCAGUAGCUUUUGGAGGUACAAGUUUGGUACUUAGGUUGAGAAUGGGUCUGAAAUGAAUUAAAUACUUCAUAAUAAGAGAAUUCUCGUCACUUAAUAUCAAAUAAUGAAGAAGAAAUAGUCAUUUCUAGUUCACCACCAUUUCUUGUAGCUGUUCUUUUUAGAUAUAGUCCACUGCAUUCUAGCAAUUAUACAAGUCCUAAAAUUUACAUUUAUUAUAAUACAUUUCUCACAGAAUCUUAGUGUUUAACACUUGAAAUCCAUUUGAAUUGCAAAUUGUUCAGCUCUUAUAUUUGAUUCUUUUUUGAAUUUUUUAAAAUAAAAAUAGUGAGUGCUUUCUAACAAAACAGAAGUAAAAUAUUUAUUUCAAAGACAUUGUUCACAAGUUUCAUUGAAAAACAUAUUUUAAUA